GAUGUGGACCUUGAGGGCGUGCGGCUCCAGAAGCGCGCAAAGGCUUUCAUGGUCCUGUGUGCCAGCACGUCACUUAUUGGCUUGAUAUCGCUUGCAGCGCUCAACAUCUGGGCCGCUGUCGAGGAGCGCUUGGUCAUCCUCUUCAGCCCGAGAUAUCCCGUGCUGUCGCCGCUUCUCUUCUGCUUGUUGGCGGUGGCUACGGUACGGGGGCUUUUCCUGACCGGCCUCAAAGCAUCCGGUACGGCGAAUCAAAGUCGCCGGACGCGGGUUACCCUGGGUAACUCUAGCGGAACAUUUGCUGCUGCGAGAAGCUGGACUGAGGAGUUAAAAGCUUCCGGGAAGCACUUUCAUGCGAAAUCUGCUUGCCUGGAGGUCUUGCAGCUCUUGAACCAGAUUGUGGGACUUCGCAGACUGCUCUACCUGGGCCAAGCCAACCUUUGGAUUUGUUCCUACGCCAUCCUGAUUUGCUUGAAUUCCGUGGUAACCCCACUCCUGCACUUGUCUUCGAGCGUGCAGCGCAACACGUUCUUUCUGGUGCUCUUCGACGCAUUCGUCGAUGCCAUGUUCGGAGCGGUCUUGCCAGCCUGCAUGGUGGCAGAAGUCGCGUACAAAUACCAGAUGGGCAUCGAUUUCGACUUUGUCCCGCAUGACGCGAAGUUCGUGCAGGCGUUUCUGAUCGGAGGGCGGCUGGUGCCCACGUCGCCACUACAACUCGUCGCCCUCAUUUGGCCUUACAUCUCCCUGUGGGUGAAACUCCUUGACCUCCGCGAUGCUAGGGAGCUCUGGUGUCAUCGUUCGGUGGAAGAUCGCCGCAACCGCCUUUGUGGUCCCCGCUUCGGCAUGGUGUAUCUUUUUCUGGGUUUGACAUCUGGCCUCCUUGGCAUGACAGCUCGGAAGAGCUGGGUGGACGGCUGCAGAGUAUUCCGUUUCGACUUGCUCGGCCUACGCUGCGAGUGUACGUUUUACGAGAGGAGGCAGUGCGACUCGGCAGACCAUGAGCAGAGCAUCGAAGAGAUGUUGAAAGAGUCCCACGGCCUACAGUUUCUGGUCUUGGAGCGCUGCGGCGGGUCGGAGUUCUUCCCAUCGCUGCGCCAAAACGUCAAGCUUGAGUUUCUGUACAUCUCAGCCAUGAGCCAACUGAAAUUCUUCCCGCCGCUGGACGACUUGGUGGCUUUGCGCGACCUGCAAAUCACCGGUAGUCAACUGGAGUGGCUUCCAGACUUGUCAAAGAACAAAGCACUGGAAUCGUUGAACGUGGAGCAGAACUGUUUGAAGUAUCUGCCCUCUCUGAAGGGGUUGUCUCGCUUGGAGUUCCUCGUAGCCGACCAGAAUAACCUGGAGGAGUUUCCGGACAUAGAUCCGAAUUCCAGGCUGUCGUUCUUGCAACUCAACAGCAACCGGAUUGAAUCCGUGCCAUCUUUGCCUUUCCCCGGACUCAAGGAGCUCCAUAUGUCCGCCAACUUUUUGACAGCCUUGCCACCGUUGGAGGAGCUGCGGCAGCUGGAGGCGUUGGAUGUGGGCUGGAACAGAUUGACUGAGAUUCCGCCGCUGAAGCAUUUGACACAGCUCCGCUACCUCAAUGUCAUGAAAAACAAUCUUUACAAGAUGCCGAGCCUCCAGUCCAACACCGAGUUGAGGAUGGUCGACGUCAGCCGAAACAAGUUGAAGCAUGUGCCUACCCUUGAGAAUGCUCACCACUUGGAAAUGCUCUCAAUGAAUUCCAACAAGGUGGAGGAGAUGCCUGGGAUCAGCUCUGCUGCACCGAUCGACAGCCUCAAUCUUGGUUGGAACGAGCUUCGUUCUUUGAAUCUCACCGGGCCUCAGUACAUGUCCAUGAGAGUGUUGGAUGCCCGCAGCAAUCAGUUGGAGUGGGUUGCAGGUGUGGAGAGCAUGUCGUCCUUGCAGCGGCUCGAGCUUGACUGGAAUCGACUGACGGCGCUGUCGGUCAGAUUGCCGAGAACUUUGCGCCACCUCAGCGUCAGCAACAACAGAUUGACCAAGCUGGCGAGCCUGGGUUUGGUGCCGAAGCUGGUGAAACUCAAGGCAUCCAACAACCAGCUGCAGAGUGUGGAUGGUCUCCACAAAAUGCAUGCGCUCGUGGUGUGCAACCUAGAGCACAACAAUCUCACCUCCCUACCAAGCUUGGAAGCGAUGACGUCGCUGGAAAUCAUGUCCUUGGGUUUCAACGCCCUCACGGAGUUUGGUCCACUCCACUCCAAGAUUUUGGAGCUCCUUGUGCCCAAGAACAAACUCCUUCGCUUGCCUGAUCUCAGUCACAUGCGAUCCCUGCAGCGCCUCGAUGUCUCCUUCAAUGACCUGGAGGUGCUCCCGUCGCUGGAUCGCAACAUUGAGCUGGUUGAGCUCGACGUCAGCUACAACCAGCUGGCGGAGCUGCCGGAUCUGUCACAGCUCCAUCACCUCGGACUGCUUUAUGCCGACGGCAACCAUCUUCUCGCAUUGCCUCCCUUGGCGCGCACGGUGGUCACCGAGAUCUGCGUCCAGGAUAACCAAAUCCAGGAGCUGCCAGACUUCAGCGGAUACGAGUUCCUGAGGACCCUGGCGUGCAGUGGCAAUCCCCUCCGCAAGCUCCCGCCAAAUCCCAACAGCUGCGACUGCUGCGAGGACACGCCAGGAACAAAGAGGACUUUACCUGCCAACGCCUGCGACAGGCCAACUAUUCCUUUUGGACGGCGACGCUUUCAACGCAUGGCUCCUGGAAUCGCUGAGCUUUUGCGAGGAAGCAGAGAUGCCCCCGCUGCCAACCGUGCGCGGGGAGGACUCGGCACCCUCCGAUGCACUGCUAGCCUGGGUCACGCUGCGGGUCCCGUACCACUGGCCAAGCUCGGAGGACCUUCCCACUGCGCGGCGGCACUUGGAUCAGUUUUUGGAGGCUCUUUCCAGGCCGUCUGCCACAUGGCCCGGAGUGGCAACCGAGGCGGUCGUUGCCGCAGCGGCGCCACUACGAGCAAGCCAGGAAGGGCAGGUGAAGAGCCGCCAUCUGCAGAUGCUCGGGAUGCAGACAAGGCUUGGCGCUUGUGCUGCGCGGCUCGACGAGCUCUCAGGCCUCUGUUGGCAGCGACACUGGCGCCCCAGCUGAGGAAGUUCGAAGUGGCCCUGGCCAAGCUCUUGGAGGAAGCUCGGGAGAGGCUCUCCAGCUUCGAGCAGCAGCUUUGCCAUAGUGCCGACCUGCAAGUGAACACGGAGUCACCACCAGGUCGACUUGUCCUAGACCUCCGCGGCGAGCUGCCCGUGGGAGUCGACGGCAAGCUUCCAUUGAGGCAUGAAAUCCACGCAGAGCAUGCCGACAAGUUGAAGCGGCUUUUCGUCAAGGAGGAGACCUUGGGCGACUUUAAUACGAAGUGCUGGGUCCUCCUCACGCGCUAUCGCGCGCUCUUCGGUCCGCACGAUGAGGGGGCUGGCUGGCAUAUGGCGCUCACCAGCGAGGUGUUCGAGUGCCUGCAAGACACGUUUGGGGUCCAGCACGAGCUGUUCGCUUCGCCUUUGAACUGCACCCUGCCGUCUUAUUGCUCCAUUUUUCCAGACACGGAUCGAGACUUCGGCUCGAAGGGCGGCUUCUUCCGCUUCUGCGAAGAGACUCUCGUGCGAGGUGGAAGCUUCGAGUGCAAUCCACCGUUCGAGGAAGGCCUUCUUGCGCGUGCCGUGGCGGCGUUGCUUCGGGCGCUCGCGGCGGAAGGCCCCGCACUUUCAGUUGUGCUCGUGCUCCCCGCAUGGCCGGGCUCGGCUGCGAUGGAGAUGGUUUGCAGCUCCCACUUCGUCCGGGCGUCCACAGAGGUGUCCGGCGAGGAUCAUUGCUACCUCAAUGGCC